AUGAACUCCAUUCUCGAGUCUCUGCAGCCAAUAGUGGAACAAUUAAAAGACAUGCAACCAUUUUUACCAACAUAUGCUCACCUUAUCGUAUCCGCCCUCAUACCGAUCUACACAGGAGCUCAUGCUUCAUUAUCACGCCCCUCAUCAGCAGCCAAACCGAAGAAGAAAUCCAAAGUCGAGUCUGAUUCCGAAGACGAGGAGGAAGAUGAGGGAAAGGACACAGGCAGCAAGAUGGAGGGCUUGGAGCCUUCGGAUGCUCUCAUGUUCCCGUUGAUGGCUGGUUUGACUUUGGGCGGUCUAUACUUGAUCAUCAAGUGGCUGAAGGAUCCCAGUAUUCUGAACAAGAUUCUAAGCUUCUACUUCUCUCAGAUGGGGUUGUUCUUUGCCGGGGCUCUGUUAAGGGAUGGGUUGAAAGUACUGCGCUCAUAUGUUUUCCCCUCGACAUACUCUUCCGGAGAUCAUCAGUGGAAGGUGGACCAAUCUAAACGUAUAGUAUCAACUGUUGAACGUCAAAAAAGCUCAGAUACCACAACCGCUGUCGAACGGAGAUCUCCUCUGCCAGGCUUCCUCGGCGCCAUCUCAUUUCCUAUUACAAUUCAGAAUUUGUUUUGGGAUUUACGUGCUUUAGCAUAUCAAAAAGUGCAACUCCGAAUCAAGGCACUCAACUCUUUUAAGGCGAAAGUGCGAUUCGAUAUACUGGAUGUUACUGCAGUCGUCGUUGCUUUGAUUGCCGUCACAUACUUUGCCUUUUUCGCGAAGCCAUGGUGGUUGACGAACUUGUUAGGUUUCAGCUUCUGCUAUGGUUCGCUACAGGUCAUAUCACCAUCGACAUUUACUACGGGCUCUUUGAUCUUGGCGUCGCUAUUCUUCUAUGAUAUCUACUUCGUCUUUUUCACUCCACUCAUGGUGACUGUGGCUACUAAGCUCGAUGUUCCUAUCAAGAUGGUGUUCCCUCGUCCAGCUGGCCCUAACGAAGACCCUAACGAGCUGUCUCUUGCUAUGCUAGGUCUCGGUGAUAUUGUGGUUCCUGGUAUGAUGAUUGGUCUUGCCUUGAGGUUUGAUCUUUUCUUGUACUACAAGUACAAGAGCAUAAUGCUGUCUAAAAAGGAGUCUGCAACAGAAGGGACCGAAAUGGCGAUUUACCAGCGAGCAACCGGGGGGUGGGGUGAGCGGUUCUGGACACUCUCGAACCCUUCCAAAACAUUGUCACUACAACCUCCUUAUCCAGAUGCGCAGUCUUUUCCCAAACCUUACUUUUAUGCUAGCAUUAUCGGGUAUAUUAGUGGCAUGGUAGCUACCUUGAUCGCCAUGCAGUUUUCCCAACAUGCUCAGCCCGCACUUCUCUAUCUUGUCCCUGGCGUCCUCAUCUCGCUGUGGAGCACUGCUUAUUUUAGGAAUGAGCUUGACUCAAUGUGGUCAUUCUCAGACAUAAUGGAGGAUGAAGAGCCCAAGGCAGACGCCAAGGGUGAUGAAAAGAAGGAGCCAACGAAAGCUGCCACCAAAGCCGGGCUCUUUGCGCGCAUCUGGUCAGGCGAGCUCAAGUCUCAAAUUAAUAACAUCGAAGUCAAUAAAGACGACGAACAGACGGGGAACAAGCCACUUGAUGAGAAGCCGUCUAAUGAUGAGGAAAAGUCCAAGGCACCAUCAGACGACGCUAUUCCUUCAAAGACAGGUACCAAUGAUGAAAAGUGUAUAUUCUCUAUGUCUAUAUCGGUACCGCGGAAAAAGGCGUAA